AAAAAAGACAGAUAUACUUUGUUUGCCGAGUAAAGUAAAAAAACCAAUAUCCUUAAAACAAUUUUCUUUUUGACAGGUGACGGAUAAUUGAUAAAUAAAACUCAUAAUACCUAUUUUCACAUGUUACAACAUUUUCCCAAAGAAAAAUCCAAUUUAAUUUAAUUUUCCGGGUGUGAAAAAGUAUGCGGCUUGGCCCCCACGCUAAAAUAAGAAUCGGUUGGGCAAUUUGUACAGUCGGCGGCCUGUACUCGUUCUAUCUAGCGAAAAAAGCAGUCGAAAAACAGCGCUAUGAUAAUAUGAAAGCCAGACAACGCAUGAGAACGGCCAACCAAGGAGACUACGAACCCAGUUACCGUAAAUUCACUUCCACCUAAACCACAAUGUCGUCACAAAAAGAACAACAAAACAUGCAGCUGAUCCAGGACCUGGAAAUCGAAAUGAUGGCGGACAUGUACAACCGGAUGACCGCCGCGUGCCAUAAAAAGUGUAUUCCGCCUGUUUACAACGACUCGGAAAUAGCCAAGGGCGAAGCUGUGUGCAUCGAUAGGUGCGUCGCUAAAUUUCUAGACAUUCACGAACGUAUCGGCAAGAAAUUGGGACAACUAUCCAUGCAGGACGAGUCUUUACUUAAAAAAUAAUUGUAGUAUUUUGGUUUUUGUUAGAA